CCUUGAUUUACCUAUAGAACAAAAUGCUUACCUGAAUUAGGACAUGAGACAAUGAAGUUACCUUUUAACGGCAUAUUAACCCCCAUACUCAAGCCUAACUUGAAAUGCUUCAAUGAAUUUUGUCAAUAUCCUACUUUUUGUAUAAGUUUACCAUAUACUUACUUCUACGGAACAGUUGGUGUUUUUAUCAAUGCCUGCCAUUUGCGAAGACAUUUCGGGAAAAAUGUUGAAAAUGCACAAGAUUCAAAUGUUCAAUCAAAUACACUUAUAGUUCAUGAUCUUAAAAUUAUCGCUGCAUCAAUGGGAAUAGUGCAACAUACUUGUCUUUUAGUUGGAUGCUUUACGUUAAAUAAAGAAAACGAAGAGGAAUCUGCAGUGGGGGUUCGUACAAAACUGCGUGCGCUUAUGGUGGCACUGUUCGGAAUAUCAAUGUCCUUAUGCGCAAUUGCGUCGCAGCCGGUUGAACUUGAAUUGGACGAUGACGAAGUGGCACAAAGAUUGAACAAUGUAACGUUUGCAAGGCGGAUCGCAAAGCCUACGAUUCGUUUAGUAAUUGGCUAUGGGACUUUGAGUGCUACUGUCACUGCUGUGACCUCUUUGUUAUUACUAAUUGCAGUCAUGUCCAAGAAAUCUUGGUGGCAACGUGGCGCUCGAUGGUUGGCCGCGCCAGCCCUUCUUGUGGCUGCGCUAGAGGCGGCCUCAGACGCAAGCGAUGCGCUACUUGUCACCAUACUGCGAAGCUCACAAGCCCCGAUCAGACUUUUCCUACAAUCUCUAGCGGCUUGCGCUCUCAUUACCACUGAAAUAUUAAUCUGGUACUUUAUAGCAAAAUUUUUUGAAUACAACCCAUCGGCCCAGGAUCCCGCGGAAGAAAAGAAAUUAAAAGGCAAAGAUAACUGACGUAAACAGAAACAGACGUAAAGCAAAUUGUAACAUAUUGACUGUUAAGAAUAUCAGUUUUCAUCUCGUUUAAUACAUAUAUA